AUGAACUUCAGGUUUCAGGGGGAGAAGGAUCAGAGCAGAACAGCCAUCAGAGACGAGCAGGCAGAAGGUGUGAAGGAGCAGAACAGCCAUCAGAGAGACGAGCAGGCAGAAGGUGUGAAGGAGCAGAACAGCCAUCAGAGAGACGAGCAGGAAGAAGGUGUGAAGGAGCAGAACAGCCAUCAGAGAGACGAGCAGGCAGAAGGUGUGAAGGAGCAGAACAGCCAUCAGAGAGACGAGCAGGCAGAAGGUGUGAAGGAGCAGAACGGAUCCAGAAGCAAGACGUCAGUGGAGGUUUCAGGCGACAGGAACAUUUGGGAUUCAGAAGCGAGCGACCUCCAGGAGGAGCUGUGGAUGGAGAACGGGUCCGUGGUCACUCCUCUCAGGCAGCCUAUCGUGUUCCAGCUGGAGGGCUUCCACAUCCCACCAGGCUACGGGCCGCUCCUCUUCAUCCUGGUUCUGGUUAACUACAUGGUGGUGCUGUUGGGGAACGGUGCGGUGGUGUGCAUCAUUGUCAUAGACAAGAACCUGCACAGACCCAUGUUUGUGUUGCUGUGUAAUCUGGUGGUCAGCGACGUGAUGGGCUCCACCGCGGUGCUGCCUCGCCUGAUGCUGCACCUUCUGACCGGGGAGAAGAGGAUCAGCUACACCUCCGCCCUGGCCCAGGCCUUCUCUGUGCACCUGUACGGUGCCUCAGUGCUGACUCUUCUGGCUGCGAUGGCCUACGACAGGUACAUUGCUGUGUGUGAGCCGCUCAGGUAUCAGGCCAUCAUGACGUCAGCUCGGCUGCACACCUGCUGCGUCCUGGCCUGGGCCCUGGCUCUGCUCUGCAUCACGGUGCUCUUCAGCCUUCACAUCAAUGUUCCUCUGUGCGGCAACACCAUCCAGCACGUCUACUGCAGCAACCGGGCCAUCCUGAACCUGGCCUGCAGGUCCACCCCCACCAAUAACAUCUAUGGUCUGUCGAUGUCCUGGACUCUGAGUACAGGGAUGUUCGUCAUCAUUGCCUUUUCCUACUUUAGAAUCCUUCAUGCUUCUGUUAAACGAGGCCGCGCUGACAGCAGAGUCUGCAGCAAGGCCUUCCAGACAUGUGCGUCACACCUUGUUGUGUAUGUGCUCUACGAGGUCUCUUCAACCAUCAUUAUCGUGAGUCACAGGACCUCACUCUCUCAAAACAUCAAGAAAUUCAUCAGCAUCCUGUUCAUCCUCAUUCCACCAGCACUCAACCCCAUAAUCUACGGCCUGGUCAGUAAAGAGUUACGUGCUAGUUUCUUCAAGAAUUUGUCCUUAACACAUUAUACAGCCUCCUCUCUGAAAAGCAUUUAUAGCCUAAACCGCAGCUCUACCUACGACUAUACUCCAGCUCUAUCUACGCCUAUACCGCAGGACUACCUACGACUAUACUCCAGCUCUACCUACGACUAUACUCCAGCUCUACCUACGACUAUACUCCAGCUCUACCUACGACUAUACUCCAGCUCUACCUACGCCUAUACCGCAGGUCUACCUAUGCCUAUACUCCAGCUCUACCUACACCUAUACCGCAGGUCUACCUACGACUAUACUCCAGCUCUACCUAUGCCUAUACCGCAGGUCUACCUAUGCCUAUACUCCAGCUUUAUCUACGCCUAUACCCCAGGUCUACCUAUGCCUAUACUCCAGCUCUACCUACACCUAUACCGCAGGACUAUCUAUGCCUAUACCGGAGGACUACCUACGACUAUACUCCAGCGCUACCUACGCCUGUACCGCAGCUCUACCUACGACUAUACUCCAGCGCUACCUACAUCUGUACCGCAGGACUACCUACGACUAUACUCCAGUUCUACCUACGCCUAUACCACAGCUCUACCUACGACUAUACUCAAGCACUACCUACGCCUGUAUCGCAGGACUACCUACGACUAUACUCCAGCUCUACCUACGCCUGUACCGCAGGACUACCUACGACUAUACUCCAGCUCUACCUACGCCUAUACCGCAGGUCUACCUAUGCCUAUACUCCAGCUCUAUCUACGCCUAUACCGCAGGACUACCUACGACUAUACUCCAGCUCUACCUACGACUAUACUCCAGCUCUGCCUACGACUAUACUCCAGCUCUACCUACGCCUAUACUGCAGGUCUACCUAUGCCUAUACUCCAGCUCUACCUACACCUAUACCGCAGGUCUACCUACGACUAUACUCCAGCUCUACCUAUGCCUAUACCGCAGGUCUACCUAUGUCUAUACUCCAGCUUUAUCUACGCCUUUACCCCAGGUCUACCUAUGCCUAUACUCCAGCUCUACCUACACCUAUACCGCAGGACUAUCUAUGCCUAUACCGGAGGACUACCUACGACUAUACUCCAGCGCUACCUACGCCUGUACCGCAGGACUACCUACAACUAUACUCCAGUUCUACCUACGCCUAUACCACAGCUCUACCUACGACUAUACUCCAGCACUACCUACGCCUGUAUCGCAGGACUACCUACGACUAUACUCCAGCUCUACCUACGCCUAUACCGCAGGUCUACCUACGCCUAUACUCCAGCUCUACCUACGCCUGUACCGCAGGACUACCUACGACUAUACUCCAGCUCUACCUACGCCUAUACCGCAGAUGGAGAAUCGCGGGGAGACCCGCGCGGGUCCGCUGUGAACAGCCGGGGGUGCACGCUGGAGAACGGACGCUGCGCGGCCGCUGCAUCGUUGAUGGAAAACUACACCUACAACAGCUUCACUCUCCAGAUGGAGGGGUUAAAAAUCACAAAGGAAACCAUGUACCCUGUCUUUUUCUUGUACUUAACUUCCUAUAUUGUUAUAAUGGUUAUGAACAUUGGGAUUUCCAUUCUAAUUGUCAUAGAUAAGAACCUUCACCAGCCCAUGUAUCUCCUGUUGUGUAGCCUGUCAGUCAGUGACAUCAUCGGAAGCACUAAUAUUAUGCCCCGGUUGCUGUCAGACAUCCUGCGUCCUCCCUCCGAGCGCCUCAUCAGCUACUACGAGUGUGUGCUGCAGGGGUUCACCACGCAAUUGUUCGGCACCACCUCUCACACCGUGCUCAUGAUCAUGGCCUUUGACAGAUACGUGGCCAUCUGUAAUCCUCUGCGUUACGCCACCAUCAUGACCAACAAGAUGGUGGUCAAGCUUACUGUGUCUGCCUGGGGCGUGGCCUUUGUUCUGGUGGGGAUUCUCCUGGGUUUGACCAUAAGACUGAACCGAUGCAGGACAGUGAUCAUUAACCCGUUCUGUGACAACGCCUCGCUGUUCAAACUCUCCUGUGAGAGUGUGUUUAUUAACAAUGUCUUCGGGCUCACGUACACCGUGGUCCUGCUCUCUUCUUCUAUCGGCAGCAUAGUUCUCACCUACGCUAAGAUCACAGUCGUGUGUGUGACCAGUAAGAGCAAGUCUCUGAACAGUAAGGCCCUGAAGACCUGCAGCACCCACCUGAUGUCGUAUAUGAUCAUGCUGUGUAGUGGAUUUAUUGUCGUCAUUCUGCAUCGCUUCCCUCAGUUCUCUGACUACAGGACACUUUCGGCCAUUCUGUUUGUCCUUGUCCCUGGAAGCCUCAACCCCAUUAUUUAUGGUGUCCAGUCCAAAGAGAUACGAAAGUUUCUAUUUGAAAUGUUUUGUAUAAGAAAAUGUUUGGCAUCAUGUAAAAAAUAA